AGGAAAAUCAUUGAUAAAUCAGUCUCAGUGCUAGCCACACCUGAUACUUUUUCUGCUUGUUCCCGUCACUCGCCAAGUGCUAAAGAUCAAACGAUAGUGCCAAGUUUUCCAGUGAUGCUACUUCUUAAAUAUUCGUCAUCGUUUAUCUCUCCUUUUUAUUGAUUUUCCUACCUCCGAAUAAAUAUGGAUAAAACUCAAACGCAUAUUCUGAGCCUGUUAAUUAUCCUAGGGUGCCUCAUACUGGUUGCCAUAUUUCGGUUCUACGUUUUAACGCUCUAUUUGGAUGGCUUCGUCCGGCCCAAGUAUCGCCAUCGAUCAAAAGUUGCGAAAACUCUGCGCGAAGCUAAAACUGAUGACACGCCCAAUGAGGAUUGGCUCCAUUGGAAGGCUAUCAACGAAGGCAUGGGAUGGAACAGAUUCGAAGAAAAUCCUCCGAUUGCCCAUUCCGCAAAUCACACUGUUCUCUUCGAGCUCUCCAAGACUGAUCGAGAUGAACCGAAAAUUUAUUUCCCUCGCAACGAAGAUAGAUGGGACCACUACCACAUUCGAAUGCCUCAUUCGAUGCAUAACGUCUACAAGAUAAAACGAGCUGACGGAAUAAUCGAAAGACGACCCCGAUGGCCAUUGAUACAGGAAAAUCUGCGUCGGGAUUUCGAUUCGAUUACUCAAUUCGAGGAGGCUGUUUCGUCCUACUAUCAUCGAAAUUUGAAAUUCACCGCCCUCCAUUAUCUUUUGAAGAUCUCGAAAAAAGAAGAAACUGACUACUUUUUUAAGAAGCUGUUACCAAACAUCGUCGAUCUUGCGCUUCAAUUACCGGAACUGGUAACCGUUCCCAUUCCGGUCUUGAUGAAAAACAUCCAUCACUCUGUCAGCUUAUCUCAACUGCAAGUUGCUUCGUUGCUUGCCAAUGCAUUUCUCUGCACAUUCCCGAAAUGCCAAUUGAAGCAUACGAACCCGGAAUACGCUCUUUAUCCUUCCAUCAAUUUUGUUCGGCUCUUUUCGGCGGGUUACGACGAAAAAUGUCGAACUGGAUUCAAAUGUGUCAUGGAAAAAUUGAAAUUUAUUCUUCAUUAUUUCGAGCGCGUGACCACCAAACACCCUGAAGGCAAGAUAACUAUCGAACGACGUUUUCUACUCGAAGAAUUUUGUCCAAAUUGGAGCAAGCAGGAUGCGACGCUUCCUCCAGUGAAAAUAAUGCACAGCGGUACGCCGGCCGUCGAGGGUGCGAACAUGCUGCAAGUGUAUUUUGCAAACAAAUUUAUGGGUGGCGACGUUCUCGGCUGUUGUUGCGUUGACGAAGAAAUGAAAUUUCUUCUAUACCCGGAACUUUUAGUCACGAUGCUCCUUACCGAAGUUCUCGGCGGAAGCGAAGCUCUCGUCGUGAGCGGUAUCGAACGGUACAGCGAAUACAAAGGCUCGGAAGAAACUGUUACCUGGGCUGGGGACUACGUCGACGAAACACUUCGUGACAGUUACGGCAGAAGAGAGACUUUCCUGGUCGGCAUUGACGCUCUGAAUUUUCGUGCGGCACCGAACGCGCAAUUUGAAACAAAACAUAUUCUGCGUGAACUCAAUAAGGCGUACGUAGGAUUUCGAGGAGAAAUUAGAAAAAACUUGCCGCCGAUAGCAACCAGAAAUUGGGGUGGUGGAGCCUUGAAAGGAAACCCGAAAUUGAAAUUUUUGAUCCAGUGGAUGGCGGCCACUGUCGCCGAGCGUUCAAUGUUCUACUUCACGUUAGGUGAUCAGGAACUGACGGACAAAGUCACCGCAGUGUAUCAAUAUGUUGUCCAGCAGAAAAUGGAUGUCGCCAAAUUAUUUUCAGUGCUAACGAAAAAUCCGAAGGAUUAUAAACAACGAAGUGAGCAUUCGGAAUUUUACUUGUUUGUAUAUCAGAACGUGGAAAGUGUUGAAACUUGUUGUGGAAAAGACGAGGACGACUGUACAGCGGAUCUUGUAUAAUUUUUCUUAAAUACAAACACAGAAAAUAAACGGAGGGGAAAAAAAUUUUGUCUGGAGUUUUUUCCAAAA